CCGCUUGACAACCUAACAGACUGUGCGUUCAGAGCACGGCUUCUGCCCAGCUGCCGGGACGGAGCAGAUCAUCUGACCCAUGGCUCUCGACGGCAAGAUUCCCAUAGUCCCGGUCACCCGGCAUCGCGUCCAAGGAAUAAACUGCAUCCCUUGUCUCCCCUUCGCGGCGCUGAAACUGGAGCCGGGGCCGUGGGGAUGCUGAGAGGUCAAACACUGGUUGUAAA